AUGCAGCGCGCUCUCUCUUCCUCUCGAACCAGGGCGGCCGUCCUCUCCUCGGGCGCUGCCGCCAAGUUCCGCUCCGGUGCUGGUCUCCGUCAGCAGCUCCGGUUCGCUCACAAGGAGCUCAAGUUUGGUGUUGAGGCUCGCGCCUCCCUCCUCGCCGGUGUCGACACUCUUGCCAAUGCCGUCUCUAGCACUCUCGGCCCCAAGGGCAGGAAUGUCCUGAUCGAGUCCAGCUUCGGCUCUCCCAAGAUCACCAAGGAUGGUGUCACCGUUGCCAAGGCCAUCACUCUCCAAGACAAGUUCGAGAACCUCGGCGCCAAGUUAAUAUCGGAGGUUGCUGGAAAGACCAACGAGGUUGCCGGUGACGGUACCACCACCGCCACCGUCCUCGCUCGUGCCAUCUUCUCCGAGACGGUCAAGAACGUCGCCGCCGGCUGCAACCCCAUGGAUCUCCGCCGCGGUAUCCAGGCUGCCGUCGACGAGGUUGUCGACUUCCUCCAGAAGCACAAGCGUGACAUCACCACCAGCGAGGAGAUCGCCCAGGUCGCCACCAUCAGCGCCAACGGCGACCAGCACAUCGGCAGGCUCAUUGCCAACGCCAUGGAGAAGGUCGGCAAGGAGGGUGUCAUCACCGUCAAGGAGGGCAAGACCGUGCAGGAUGAGAUGGAGGUCACCGAGGGUAUGCGCUUCGACCGUGGCUUCGUCUCGCCUUACUUCAUCACCGACACCAAGGCCCAGAAGGUCGAGUUCGAGAAGCCCUUGAUCCUCCUCUCCGAGAAGAAGAUCUCUGCCGUCCAGGACAUCAUCCCCGCCCUCGAGGCCUCCACUCAGCUCCGCCGCCCCCUUGUCAUCAUUGCCGAGGACAUUGACGGUGAGGCUCUCGCCGUCUGCAUUCUCAACAAGCUCCGUGGCCAGCUCCAGGUCGCCGCCGUCAAGGCUCCCGGCUUCGGUGACAACCGCAAGUCCAUCCUCGGCGACAUUGCCGUCCUCACCAACGGUACCGUCUUCACCGACGAGCUCGACAUCAAGCUCGAGAAGGCCACCCCCGACAUGCUCGGCUCCACCGGCUCCAUCAUCAUCACCAAGGAGGACACCAUCAUCCUCAACGGCGAGGGCAGCAAGGAUUCCAUCACCCAGCGCUGCGAGCAGAUCCGUGGUGUCAUGAGCGACCCCAGCACCUCCGAGUACGAGAAGGAGAAGCUCCAGGAGCGUCUCGCUAAGCUCUCUGGUGGUGUCGCCGUCAUCAAGGUCGGUGGUUCCUCCGAGGUCGAGGUCGGUGAGAAGAAGGACCGCUUCGUCGAUGCCCUCAACGCCACCCGCGCCGCGGUUGAGGAGGGUAUCCUCCCCGGUGGUGGUACCGCCUUCCUCAAGGCCGCUGCCCAGCUCAGCGUCAAGCCUGAGAACUUUGACCAGCAGCUCGGUGUCAGCAUCGUCAAGAACGCCAUCACCCAGCCCGCCAAGUCCAUCGUCAAGAACGCUGGUCUCGAGGGUGCCGUCGUCGUUGGCAAGCUCAUGGACGAGUUCGCCGGUGACUUCAACAAGGGCUUCGACAGCGCCAAGGGCGAGUACGUUGACAUGAUCGCUGCCGGUAUCCUCGACCCCCUCAAGGUCGUUAGGACCGGUCUCGUUGACGCCAGCGGUGUCGCCUCUCUCCUUGGUACCACCGAGGUCGCCAUCGUCGAUGCCCCUGAGGAGAAGGGCCCUGGCGGUAUGGGUGGCAUGGGCGGCAUGGGAGGAAUGGGCGGCAUGGGCGGUAUGAUGUAA